CUUUUCAUGAUAAGAGUUUUCUAUAAAAUCGAACGGUAAUUGCAAAUCAGUAUCAGUUUCACCUAGAUCUUGUUAACAUUUACAUUAAAAAAAACAACGAAAAUCGAAUCGAACAAUGAACAAGCUAAGUUUCGUUUUCUUGAUCUGUGCAAUUGCAAUGAUCUCUGCCGAUCGUCCUGACUGGUAUCCCGAGGAUGAAGCUGCCGUCGAAGCCAAAUGUCGCGAGGAGAAUAACGUAAGUGCUGAAACUGUUACCAAGACAUGGGCCAACGAAGUCGAGGAUACCCCUGAAUUGCGUAAAUUUUUGUUAUGCCUGUCGGAGAACAAACAUUUGUAUCACGCCGAUACUGGGUUUAAGGCCGACCGUCUGCAAUACGUUUUGAAGGAAAAAUCAAAAUUGAAUUGUAAAGAUGACUUUGUUGAAGGAUGUGUAAAUGCAGCCAAGGACGUGAAACCCGAUGAAGCUUUGGUCUUUGAUGUAACAAAAUGUGUUGUUGCUGGAGCCAAGGAGCAUUGCGAGAAUGUUGAAUAAUUUGCUGUCGAAGGAUUUUAAAUAUAAUUGCAAAUCAUGACAGUAAAAAGUGUAAAAAAAAAUUGAAAUAAAAAAUUGUUCUAUCGACAAAAUAUUGUUAACUGCAA